UUCCGGGAGUACACGACACCGGAUGAUCCCGACACUUUAGGUCCGGAAGGGAUGGAAAAAUUCUGUGAAGACAUCGGUGUGGAACCGGAAAACGUGGCCAUGCUGGUGCUGGCGUACAAGAUGGGCGCCAAACAGAUGGGAUUCUUCACCCAGAGCGAGUGGGUCAAGGGGUUGACCGAUCUACAGUGCGACACGGCGUCCAAAGUGCAAUGCAAGCUGGACUUUCUCCGAGGUCUUCUGAACGAUCCAAAUAACUUCAAAAUCAUCUACAGAUACGCGUACGACUUUGCGAGGGAUAAAGACCAACGUAGUAUGGACAUCGAAACGGCUCGGGCGAUGCUGCAGCUGCUGCUCGGCAAGCACUGGCCACUUUAUCCACAGUUCGCUCAAUUCCUAGAGCAGUCCAAGUACAAAGUGAUCAACAAGGAUCAGUGGUGUAAUAUUCUAGAGUUUUCCCGCACUAUCUCCAACGACUUGACAAACUACGACGUCGAUGGAGCUUGGCCCGUCAUGCUCGAUGAGUUCGUAGAAUGGCUAAGACAAUUGCGAGCACAGCCCACGAUUAGCUGAGACUUGCUGCUACACUAAACGCGUGCGGACAGGGAGCAGCCACCGUUAAGCAGAACACAAAACACGAAGAAAAUCAAACAGAACAAGACACAGCAAACCAAAUCCCAUCCCCUCCAGCAGUGACAGCAUCAGCUCCAAAAUCCGCGUAGACCGAGAGACAACCCGGGGACCACGUAAAGGCCCGUGGGGGAAUGUAAGCGUUGUAAAUUAUGUAAAGAUUAAACAAAACGGAAACCAAAACCAUCAGUGUUCUACUUCAAGCGAUGCACAAGAAAGGGGCCAGCCAGCAGGAAGGCUCGGGUUAGCAGCGGGUACUCAUUGCGUGCGAAUGCGUGACAUAUUUAAAUGCGACCGCGAGAGCUGAGUGAGACAGACGAAUGAGAACAAUAAGUGAAAUUGUUAAUGAUAGACGAGAACAGAGACUAUGGACAUGGUCCGGGAGCCCCCGUCCCACCAUGAGAGGAGUGUGGCGGCCACGCCUGGAGCUUCCUCGAACCUGUGUAAACUAUUUAUGAUAUUUGUCGUGCCGGACCCGGCCUCUGCUCGAAGGGUCUUGCAAGCAGUCUAUUCUAAUCAACAGUUCUCACAGACACAGCCUCUCCCGGAGGGCAAGGUUCUCCGGUGGGCCCGGCGUGUAUAGUGUGUAGUGUGGAGGGCAUGGAACGUAGGAAUCAAUAUGUACGCAACACUAACUAAC